CCCCGGCAGCCGCUCUGUGGACGCGGGCGCUGCGGAGCUGCCCGGCGGUGCCGGCCGAGGGCGGAGCGCAGCGGCCGGGGCUCCUCCCCCCCUCCGCGCCCGCUUCCCCCGCCAUGCCGCUGGAUCACCGCCGCCUGCACGGCCCGGAGGACUCGCAGCCGCCGGAGCUCUGGGCGGCGCGGCCCCGGGAUGCGGGAGGAGGAGAGGAGGGCGAGGAGAGCGGAGCCGCGCCGCGGGAUCCCUGCGCGCUGCGGCCGCUGUUCGCCCGCGCGGGGCUGCUGAGCCAGGCCGAGGGCUCCGCGUACGUGGAGCUGAGCGGCGGCACGAAGGUGCUGUGCGCCGCCUGGGGACCGCGGGAGGCGGCCGAGCCGGGCGGGGCGGUGGGAGCGGGGCGGCUGCUGUGCGAUUUCCGCCGGGCUCCGUUCUGCGCCCGCGGGGCCCGGCCCCGACCCGGGGGGGCGGCGGAGCGGGAGGCGGAGCGGGAGGCGGCGGCGGCGCUGCGGGAGGCGUUGGAGCCGGCGGUGCGGCUGUCCCGCUACCCGAGGGCGAGGCUGGUCGUCAGCGCGCUGCUGCUGCAGGACGGCGGCUCGGCCCUGGCCGCCGCCGUCAGCGCCGCGUCCCUCGCGUUGGCCGACGCGGGGGUGGAGAUGUACGAUCUGGCCGUGGGCUGCGCGCUGUGCCGCCCGCCGCCCGGCGACCGCGACGCUUCCGCCGCGGGGCCGUGGCUGCUGCAGCCCGGCGAGGCCGAGGAGCGCGGUUCCGCCGCCCGCCUGACGGUGGCGCUGCUGCCCGCCCUCAACCAGGUGUCGGCGGUGCUGGGCGGCGGCCGCGGGGGGGAGCCCGAGGGCUGGGCGGCGGCGCUGCGGCUGGGCGUGGAGGGCUGCCAGCGCCUCUACCCCGUGCUGCGGCACUGCCUGCUGCGCGCCGCGCGGCGGCGGGACGGGGCGUGAGCUGCGGGCCGGGCGGGCCGAGGGGAGCUCCGCAGUGCGGCUGGAGCCGCGCGUGGUGGUGCCGGAGCCCCCCGGGAGCCGCCCUCGGUGCCACCGGAGACCCCCGGAACGGCGCACGGCGCUGCCUCUGAGCCCGGUGGGUUCUGUGAGCUGCCCCCCACGCUGCCGGGGACCCCCAGGAGUGCCGGCAGGGACCCCCGCAGCUGCUCUUCAUGCCGUCAAUGACCUCGAGCCACGCCUGAUGCAACCAGAGUCCCCCAGAGCCGCUGCUGCUGCCAUCACUGACCCCAUGGAGCCACCCUCGGUGCCAUCGGUGACCGCUGGAGCUGCUCUUGGUGUUGCCAGAGACCCCCAAGGCCUUACCUGAGCCACCCCUCACAGCACUGGAGCCCCCCAGGAUGCCGUCAAGACCCACCAAGCUGCCCCCGGUGCCAUCGGAGACCCCCAAGGCUUACCUGAGGCUGACAGAGACCCCCCUGGACUGCUUCCAAUGCCACCAGAGACCCCCAGAGCUGCCCCUGGUGCCAGCAGAGACCCUCAGGGCUUCCUCAGACCCCAGUGCCAUCAGAGACCCCAAACCCUUCCUCAGACCUCACUACCAUCAGAGACCCCAGGCCCAGCCUGGUGCUGCCAGAGACACCACGACAUCCCCACCACCACCGCAUCCCGGCACCUCUUGCCUCAUUGACUGCUGCCUGUGGCACUCCAGGGUGGCAGAAGGACAGGUUGCGUUGUGUUGUUUUGGGUUUGUACAAUAAAAUUGUUUUGUUUUGUUUUU